AUGAUUCAUACAACCGACGGGUACGACAAUCAUCAUGAAAUUCAUCAAGAUUUCCACAAUCAGAUCGCGUCUUUGUACACGGUUCAAGAAGCAAAGACCAUAAACGAAUCUCUUGCUGCUCUUGAUUCGACUGCCAAGCCUAAGGUGGUCCUUCUUGUGGAUGGCGAACUCUGCGAUAAGGAGUAUGCAAGUGUGAUCAAGAAAGUCUCGUCUUACGCCAAGCAAGGUGGAACUGUGAUCAUGUGCCUGAACUUCGCGAGCGCUUUGAAACCUUCGGCGACAAAAUCGAUUUUUCAAAGGGAUCUUGGUCUUACAUGGAAGCUCGGCGCGAUUAUGCGACAAAAUUUUAGUCUAAACGAAAUGUUCAACGAUGUUUUCAACACCCCUUUACAAUCUGAUUAUACGGUGAAAGCCCAGCACAUCAGCAGAGCCUCCGAGCACUCUCAAAUAUACAUGGUCAACGACCAGGUGAAGCUCGAAUCACCAGUGAUAUUUGAGCGCUACACCGAGAAGGGAUUUAUCGGUUACAUUGGAGAUGUGAACAACGAACCUGGGAGUCAAGCUGUUCUUUUAGCCAUGCUAGACAAGGCAAUUCUCAAGGUCACUCAACUUCCGCGCCUGGAACCCACUGAAGUCAGUGAUGGUCAUACCAGCGCUGGGCUCGGAUCACAGGAUCCUCAGCCUGAAGAGUCAACUACCUCACAAAGUGACACCAUUCAACCUACCGCGCCGGAUACUCAAUCCACGGAGCCAAACGCGUCCAAAGCCAAGAAGAAGAAAAAGAAGAAGAAAUCCAAAGCUAAAAGCGAUCAACCCAAUGCCGAGUCUAGCCAGCAAAGCGAUCCACAGAGUCACGUACCUCCAUUCGCUGCUUCGGCAGGCUUGCCUUUCAACCUUGGCAAUGAUCCACUAUCCUGCACUCAUUUGGACCUCAGUACUAUGACUUUCUCGCCAACAGCUACGCUCAACGCCAACACUUCGCGCCCCGCACCUUCAAACUCAUCGUCUGCGUCUCUUCAAGCCAUCUUCAGCGGCCGCUUGAAUCUCCUCGAAGGACACCCUCAAGGUGAAAUUUAUAAAAGGAUAAUUGAUCUAUACAGAUUGCGUUGCGAUGAUGAGUGUGUAUGGGAUGGGGUCCGGGUUGGUCUUUAUGCUACAGACAAGGGACCAGGAUUGCCUAUCGCACACUUUCAGAGCUAUCUAACAAAGGCUCAGCGAUGUCCCAACUACUUGCCUUCUUGGUGGAACGAGAAGGCUAAAGAAGAAUGUAUUCGAAUCGCCUGCGAUCCUCAAGGAAAGACUUAUAUUGGUACCCGCAUGGCAAAAGCCGAUAUUCAAAAAGCUUAUAACGAUAGUUCAAUGCCUAUGUUGAUGCGAAUGAUUGGGGAGAAGAUCUUUGGUUCACGGAUAGGGGCCGGGAGUAGUGAUAUGCAUGUUGACAAGAGUGGUGUUCAAAUUUUGGUGUAUCUUUAUCACUGUGUUUCUUCUGUCUUCAGCUUUCAAAGGCUGAAGAACUACUGUUGUCUUCAACAUGAGCGUAUCUUUGUUGAAUUUUUACCGUGCUCUCAGCUUGCCGUUGAGUUCUGA